AUGACAUCGGAUCCGAAGACAACAACACCUGUGUCUGGAAUCCUAACUGUUGUCAUUACCACUUCACCGACUCCAUCGGCCCCUUCGACGGAACUGCUUUCUUUAGUGUUUCAGUCAUUCCAGAAGUAUUGUCCAUCGCUGCUUGAGUGUCGGUUGAUUGUGGUGCUCGACACGUAUGACAAAGUUGCAGAGACACCUCGGCUGAAAAGAGGCGUGGUAACAGCUCAAAUAGCAUGCGACUUUGAGCUCUAUAAGGCUAACGUCAAAGAACUCGUCCUUGCGAAGUACCUGGAACAUCAGAGUCAUGUCUCAGCAACUCGAAGCAGUGGUGAGGCCGAAUAUGGAUCAGCAGGGUGCGAAGACAAUGUGGUCAAUGUUUCUAUUUGUCAGUUUUACGACGAAAGAGUAACAUUCAUCGAGCCGGUGCAAAGACUGGGCUUUGGUCUGGCUGUUCGUUCAGCUUUAAGAAUCGUGAAAACACCUUACGUCCAUGUCCAUCAACAUGACUGGACCCUAGAGGUCGAUAUCCCUGUUGCCAGUAUUCUGGAUGUUAUGCAAGCACACGAGUCUGAUAUCAACAUACCUGUCAAGUAUAUCUGCCUUCCAUCUAUACGUCUGUUAGAAUAUGCAACCCAAGACGACGUUGUACGCUUCUUGACGCUCAGAGAAUUAACCUCAUCUCUAAAGCGCGACUUCAUACCAUCACCACUCCAAGGCAUUAGUGUUCCAUUAACACCACUCUUCUUCUGGCAUGAUAAGCCGCAUAUAGCAUCAACAAAGCACUAUCUCGCCUGUAUUUUUCCUUCCACGCUUGCUAUGCCCAGAGGUGCUUUCAUCGAAGACACGGUCGGACAACGGGCAAGGACACAGAUGAAAGAAGGAAAAUGGCACAAGUGGGCGUGUUGGCUAUAUUAUCCGGCGGAAGGUCGACAAUUGUGCCUAAGACAUCUCAAAGGUCGAGUAUGGCGAGGUGUCGAAGCUGAAAUGAAGCAAAAGGAGAUCUGGAAAGCUCAAAAUGCUGGAGCCGAACCUUUGGAGGACAUCGCAGUCGUUGCAGAGGUGAAUUUGGAGAACUUGUUUUCAUCACAGUUGUUGCUGUAG